AUGAAGAAGCUGUGUGCUUUCACUAUUUUAUUUUUGUUUCUGAAGUUUUCUCUUAUUUUGUGCUGUUUGACUGAAUCCAUUUGCUUUUGGAGGAUAAAGAAUAAUGAAGAUAAUGAAGAUUUGGUAAGUGAGUGUGGUUUACUUUUUUGGACAAUGGAGGUACCAAUUAAAGUCACAUUUUUUCAUAAAUUUUUUGAUUUUAGAAUACCAUCAAGAAGACAUGAGUUUUUUCUGGUAUUGAUUUUUGUUAUUGAUGAGAUCAACAAGAAUCCUUAUCUUUUACCAAACAUGACUUUGAUAUUCUCCAUCAUUGGUCUGUGUGAAGAUACAUUGCAAGUUCUGGAUAUAUUAUAUUCACCAAAAAAUGAUGUUGUGCAUUUUAUUAAUUUUAUCUGUGGAAAAUAUCAAAUUUGUCAUAUAGACCUUACAGGACCAUCAUGGAAAACAUCCUUAAAACUGGCAAUUCAUUCUAGGACACCACAGGUUUUCUUUGGACCAUUUAAUCCUAACCUAAGUGACCAGGACCAGUUUCCCUAUGUCCAUCAGAUAGCCACCAAGGACACACAUUUGUCCCAUGGAAUGGUCUCCUUGCUGCUUUACUUUAGAUGGGCUUGGAUAGGAGUGGUCAUCUCAGAUGAUGACCAGGGAAUUCAGUUUCUCUCAGAUUUAAGAGAAGAAAUGCAAAGGCAUGGGAUCUGUUUGGCUUUUGUGAAUGUGGUUCCAGAAGCCUUGCAGCCAUACAUUACAAAGGCUAUGAUAAACGAAAAACAAAUCAUGACAUCUUUGGCAAAGAUUGUUAUUGUUUAUGGUGAGAGGUACUUUACUUUAGAAUUCAGCAUUAGAAGAUGGGAGUAUUUAGGUCCUCAGAGGAUCUGGAUCACAACUUCACAAUGGGAUGUUAUCACAAAUAAAAAGGAAUUCAGCCUUGAUUUCUUCCAUGGGACUGUCGCUUUUGUACACCACAUAGGUGAGAUUGCUAAAUUUAGGAAUUUUAUGCAAACUAUGAACACUGACAAAUACCCAGUAAACAUUUCUGAGUCUAUACUGGAGUGGAAUUACUUUAAUUGUUCAAUCUCUAAGAGCAGCAAUAAAAUGGAACAUUUUAAAUUCAACAAAACAUUGGAAUGGACAGCACAACACAAAUAUGACAUUGCCCUGAGUGAAGAAGGUUACAAUUUGUAUAAUGCUGUAUAUGCUGUGGCCCACACCUACCAUGAACUAAUUGUUCAACAAGUAGAGUCUCAGAAAAUGACAGAAACCAAAGCAAUAUCCAUUGGCUGUCAGCAGAUGUCUUCCUUGCUGAAGGCCAGGGUAUUUACUAACCCUGUUGGAGAACUGGUGAACAUGAAGCAUAGGGAAAAUAAAUGUACAGAAUAUGACAUUUUCAUCAUUUGGAAUUUUCCACAAGACUUUGGAUUAAAAGUGAAAAUAGGAAGCUAUUUUCCUUGUAUCUCACAGAUACAAAAUCUUCAUAUAUCUGAAGACGUGGAGUGGUCCAUAGGAGGAAAUUCGAUUCCCUCCUCCAUGUGUAGUGAGCCAUGUAGUGCCGGAUUUAGGAAAAUUCAUCAGAAAGAAACAGCAAACUGCUGCUUUGAUUGUGUUCAGUGCUCAGAAAAUGAGGUUUCCAAUGACACAGAUAUGGAACAAUGUGUGAGGUGUCCAGAUGAUAAGUAUGCCAACUUGGAGCAAACCCACUGCCACCAAAGAGCUGUGUCAUUUCUGGCUUAUGAAGAUCCACUGGGGCUUGCUCUAGGCUCCACUGCUAUGUCUUUCUCAGCCAUCACAAUUGUAGUACUUUUCAUUUUUGUAAAGUACAAGGAUACUCCAAUUGUGAAGGCCAAUAAUCUCAUUCUCAGUUAUAUCCUGCUCAUCUCUUUAGUGUUCUGUUUUCUCUGCUCAUUAUUCUUCAUUGGACAUCCCAACCAGGCCACCUGCAUCCUGCAGCAGACUGCAUUUGGAGUAUUUUUCACAGUGGCUGUUUCUACAGUGUUGGCCAAAACAUUAACUGUGGUCAUGGCUUUCAAGCUCAUUACUCCAGGGAGAAGAAUGAGAGGGAUGCUGACAUCUGGGGCACGUAACUUGGUCAUUCCCAUUUGUACCCUGAUCCAAAUUGUUCUCUGUGGCAUCUGGUUGGCAACAUCUCCUCCCUUUAUUGACAGAGAUAUACAAUCUGAACAUGGGAAGACUGUCAUUAUUUGCAACAAAGGCUCAGUCAUUGCCUUCUAUGUUGUCCUGGGGUACUUGGGUUCCUUGGCUCUGGGGAGCUUCACUGUAGCUUUCCUGGCUAGGAACCUUCCUGAUAGAUUCAAUGAAGCCAAGUUCCUAACUUUCAGCAUGCUGGUCUUCUGCAGUGUCUGGAUCACCUUCCUCCCUGUGUACCAUAGCUCCAGGGGUAAGAUCAUGGUGAUUGUCGAGGUCUUCUCCAUCUUGGCUUCUAGUGCAGGGUUGCUAGGGUGUAUCUUUGUCCCAAAGUGUUAUGUUAUUUUAGUUAGACCAGAUUCAAAUAUUAUACAGAAGUACAAAGAUAAAUUGCUUCAUUGA